GAUAAAAUUAAGUGUGUACGAGCGGUGUCCAGGGCCAGUAUCGUUGCUAGCCAGUUUUAUUGGCUGUCUAAGUUUUUCGAAAAUACGAAGAAGAAAGAAGAAGCUUUUUGCCAAGUUCGAAGUCUGAGUGCCGUUCGUUUAUUAGAAGCUUUUUGCCAGUCUCCAGGCCUAACCGCUGUCCGUCUGUAGUAAUAUGUUUUGAUCGUAUAGAGUGUUCGAGUUUAAGUUUUCGGUCCGGCUAUUGAGAAGUCAUUUGCCUGUUUCCAGUGCCGCUUGUUAGAUGACAAUAAGGGGUUUAUUUCCCCCUGUGUCGUGCCCGACUACGUUUUUGGUUUGAGGAACGGUAAUCAAGUUCGAGUUCAGAAAGUCCGGUCUGGAUUUCGUUUGUGCUGUUUCUCAGAAGAAGUUUUUUUCUACAUGCUUAAAGUCGAUUUGUCGAAGUGUUUAGACUGCGGUUUCACGGUUUGUUGGACAUCACGUUAACACGAUUUAAGGAUAAUUUUACUUUGAGGAUUUUGACCUUACCCACUGUGGGUUAAGAAAAUAAUUGAGGUCACAGUUGAAUCAUUCUUCUGUCCGGGGGUGAGGAUUUGUACCGGAAAAAAGCUAAAAAGAGCUAACUAGGUUUGUAGUGUUUUGUGCUUAGUCCUUUUUGGCCUGGGAUAAAUGCACACAGCAAUACACAGGUUCUAUGGGCGAUUAAAAAUGAGUUGCUGUCGAGUCGCCUUUGGAAGUUGAAGUUAAGUACGAUUUCUCAUGUAAACAAAAAUUGUGACGACAGCAACUCAUUUUUGAUCGCAUGGUAUAAUGCGCUUAAGAAAAAAUCACUGUAUGUAGCAGAAUUUCCUUUCGUUGUGAGAAAAUAUGACACAUCUAUAGUGAUUACUCUGGCCUAGUUUAAGUUUGCUACUGUGUUUCUGAAUGACGUUUGUGCGUGCUAUAUAUAUAUUUCAGAUAAACCGGCGGCGAUGAUACAGUCUAAAUACUUUAUCAACAUUAAUUACGAUAUUUAUUAUUAAAAAAUGAAAUACUAGUCAGUGUCAAUAUCCAAUUUACUUGCGUAGUUUGGUACCAUUAACUAACUCAUGAAUGUAAACGAAAUAGAAAUUCCAGUCCCUUGGGGAAUAGUCGCAGGUAAAACGUGGGGGAAUGAGGACAAUAGCAAGAUCUUGUUAAUACCAGGCAUUGGUGAUAACGUGGAAUCUUUCAAUGCAUUGGUUCCUUUAUUGCCGCCCCAUUUUUGUUACGUCGCUGUGGAUCUACCAGGACAUGGCAUAUCGAGCCACUUUCCUCAGAACGUGAAUUUGAAUAUUUGGGACUACAUCCUAGCCAUAAGGUUGGUUAUCGGAUUUUUAAAAGAAGAACCAAUCAUUCUAAUGGGGCACAGUUUUGGAGGAUGUGUACUUACUGUUUAUGCUCAAUUCUACCCAAAUCAAGUAUCGAAGUUGAUCCUGAUCGACAGUAAUUACUAUCCUUUAAAGCGCGAAGUUUUUCGAAUCACUUUUAAGGCAUACAUGGAAGGAUCGAGUGAGCUACUAACCUCGUUGUCCGCUAAACAACGGCAAACCUUUAGAUACAAUGAAGGGCUGAAUAAAAGCAAUGGUAAACGAUUAUUGGGGAAUGUUACACCAAAAUCAGCCGACGAAUUAUACAAGCGUAAUAUUGUUGAAGUAGGAGCUGAUAUGUAUCAAAGUAGAAUUGAUCCUCGUCUAAAAUAUCUUACUUACAUAUUCAUAACCGACGUUUGCUUCUUUAAUAUUUUCAAAAGUGGUCCGAGUACUUGUCCGACGCUGAGUAUUAUCGCUUUAGACGCUAAACAUCCACAUUAUCCAGGAAAGGGUCUCGCUGGUGCCAUGGAACAGAUUAAUCCCAAUUAUGUGUGCAAAUUUGUAAGGGGUGAUCAUUAUAUCCAUAUGCAUUCACCUGAAAUUAUUGUACCGCUAAUUAUUCAUUUUCUACUACUGAAAUGUAGCUUAUAGAUAUUUAAAAAAUGAUGAAGUGUCGGAAAUGUAACUGUGGUAAGGAUUAGUCUGUUUAAUCGAUCCUUUUGAGUUCUUCAUCCGAUAACGUUGUACUGAUGUGCCCAUUUUGGUCUGAUUCUGACUUAUGUCAUACAAUCUAUAUUAUAUAAAUAAAUUAUUAGAAAUUA